UAAACGCUUGUACAAAUUUGCAGAAUGCAUUAAAGGAACGCUUCGAAACUAUAUUAAAAAAUCCGUUGUAUACGAGUGCAAUGAUAGUGGACCCCCGUUAUAAGGAUCAAUUAUUAAAACCUGAACAGAAAAUAAUAGGCCACAAUAGGAUAUGUGAUUUAAUAUCAAAAUACAACGAACAAUCAGUGAAUGAACAUUCAAUGGAGAAUAUUCCCAGUAGCGCAACUACUAGUACAAGUAGCGAUAGUUCAAGAAAAUCUACGUUGCAAAACUUUUUCAAAAAUGUGUUGAGAAGUUCUGAUCGAGAUAAUGAGACAUUCGACGACAAAAAGGAGAAAGAGGUACGAUUGUACCUAGCGGAAAAUGUAGUUUCUCAAAACACAAAUGUAAUAUCAUGGUGGAAAGCCAAUAUUGUCAGAUUCCCACUGUUAGCAGCAGUGGCAAGAAAUUUGUUAGCAAUCCCUGCCACCCAGGUGACGAGCGAGCGACUAUUUUCUACGGCAGGAAACAUAGUCAACGAGAAACGUAGUAGAUUAUGUUCGGAAAAUGUUGAAAUGUUAAGUUUUCUUCAUGUAAAUUCGAAAUAAAAACAUUCAGGAAUA